AUGGCCAAACUUUCAUUGAACAGUUGUGCUGAGAAAUGUAAGUUCUAUUUGUUUCUUGAAUAUUCCAAGUUUCAAAGAAAUUUUUCAGAUGAUUAUAAUCAUUGUUGCGCAAUUCAUGACGAUUGUUAUAGUCAAUCACUAGGCCAAGUUUUUUGCGAUAAACAAUUUUGCGAAUGCACACAACAAGUGGCAAAUCAAGGAGUUUGUCGAGAAUUUGCGGAGUUCUCAUGUUCAAUGGUUGAAUUAUUCGGAAAAAAAGCGUAUGCUGAUAAAAGACAACCGGAAUAUUAUUUUGAAAAAUACCAAAUAAAAAAAGAUUCUGAACUUGCGAAAACUUUCCCAAAAAUUUAUGAUAAAUGCAAUACACAAUGGAGUAAGUAAAAUAAUAGAAUUUCUCACAAAUCAAGUGUUUUUACAGUAACUUUUAGAAGCUGUGGUUACCGAUUUGAUACGUGUAUGCGUAAAGAGUCAUCUAAAAAAUGCCACACAAGUUUUGCCACGUGUGUCACCGAUUCGAAGAAACAUCGAAAACCAAAUGCAGAAUGUGAUCAGGAAAUUGAAAAUCUCACAAAAAGUUUUCGUUCAAAACGAAGUGUUUCAAAAUGGUAUUGUGGUUCUGGUCCAUUUUCAACCAAUUUGGCGAAAUUGGCAUUGUCUGACUGUAAUGAUCGAUUGGAGUAUAAUUUAUGUUGUGGAAUUCAUGAUGAUUGCUAUGAUUCGAAAAAAGGACAAAAGUUUUGUGAUCAACAGUUUUGCGAAUGCAAUAAGGUUUUCCAUUAUUUAUUGAAAAAACAAUUAGAGCCUGUUUUUUCAGAGAAUCAAAACUUGCUCAUCAUAUUCUCAAACUUCUUGCAUGAUCGUAAAAACAGCUGGAAAAGAAUCAUAUAAUGCUGCUGGAAAUCCAAAUCCCUAUCAACAUGAUUCUGGAAGUUUUAAUAAUAAUCCGGAACUUGGAGUCUUGUUUGAAAGUUUAACAGACAAAUGUGCGGAUCAACCAGCAAGUUUUGGAGCAUUGGCAACUCGAUAUGAAGCUUGUGUUAACUCGAAAAAGAAAGAUUGCGAGAAUCAGGUUAGUUAGUAAUUCUCAGAGGGUUUCGCUUAAUAUGUUUUUAGUACUUGUUUUCAUGAAAAACAGAGGCGGAGUAUGAAAAUAACUUGUAUAAAUAUCGGUAACCAAAAAUACUUAUCAAACAUAUCUUUCUAUUUCUGUGUUCUGUUCUCAAAACCCUUACUAAUUGGUAAGAUAAACUAAGAAAAUGAACUUGAUAUUGGAAUAUGGAAGUGUUUCUAAUAUUCCUUUGUAUAAUUGCACAAAUUCUGCGACUUUCGGAAAAUCUCGUCCAAUAGUUGGAAUCAUAAGUAUGAUUUAUGGGACAAUUGCAAUCUUAUUUUUUAUACCAUGUUUGUUCAUUAUGACAAAACGAGAUCUCUUCAAAUUGUCUUGUUACAAAAUCAUGUUUUUCGUCGGAUUCAUUGAUAUUCUAGCACUUGCCAUUUGUUCUAUUCUAACAGGAUGGCUUGCAAUCAAAGGUGCAGUCUUCUGCACUUAUCCUAAUCUUAUUUAUUAUUGUGGAUCAGCAGUGCUAAGUCUUUGGUGUUGUUCUUGUCUUGCAAAUCUUCUUCUUUUGAUCAAUCGAGUUUUAAAUAUGAGAAAUGUCAAGAUUUCCAGAAUGUUUUUUAGUGAUAAUCGAACAUUCAUACUUCUUCUUAUUCCAAUAUUUUAUGGUUUAUUCUUCUUUUUAUUCACAAAACCUGUCUUAUUUACAUCUAAUUAUUAUGCCUGGUUUUUUGAUCCGUUUAUUUUUCCUGGAAAAUCUUCAAAGUAUUCGAAUAUAUUUCAUUGUUUUAAUAACUUUGCAAUUGUAAUAUUCACAUGUUUUCUUUAUAUUCACGUUGGUUAUUUGGUUUUAUCAGAAUGGAAGACAAUAAAUAUUGCUUCGAUGAGUGCAUUUCGUGCAAAUUCAAUUCUUCAUCAAGCCCUUGUUAUUUGUGCAUUAGAUCAAUUCUCAUCUGUUGUUUAUGUUACAAUGAAUUUCAUCGAGCUUCCUGAAGUUACUGUUAUUGUUGCUCAACAUUUUUGGGAAGCUGCUCAUGGUUUUCCAGUUCUCACAUAUUUGACAAUGAAUUCGACGAUGCGAAAAAGAUUUUUCAAAUUGUUUCGUAAUCGAAAUACAAGUUUUUGAAACCCCUGGGUCAUUGUAAAUAAUACUAAACUCGAGAAUUUAUAAAUUAAAACAUAUUUUUUAGCUUCUCGAAUCUAUCAUCGAAAUUAAAACAAACCGUUCGCCAAACAUUGAAUGUGACGACAAAUCUCGAAUUAUUGAACAUUACAUCCGUACCAAUUUCCCGUCAGAAAACGUCUAG